CUUGCUCCUGAGGAACAGAAGGAGGCUUUGUUUCCCAGACGCGUGGCUCGGAGCUGCCCCACGGCACGUUUUGGGGAGACUGCUCCCUGCCAAAGGGGGAUUGUCUGUCUGCUGCCCUGUGCCUGGUGGGACACGGAGAUGACGGGAAGCUCUGCUUCACUAGAGGGCCUCAGCAGAUUAGUUCCUCUGAACACCCUUGGCAGGUUGUACCCCCAAAUCAGGCUCCAGAUGUUCCCCCCUUGCACUGCAGCUUGCCUGCCUGGGGUGUUUCUCCCUGCUGCCUUUCGCUUGUUUCUUGCGGAGCCCUCAGCCGCCAGUUGUUUCCAGAUGUUUCCCUCUGCUUCUCACCCUGCCUGGCCGCUCUCCUUAAAAUAUCGGGGUCUAAGUACCCCGCUGCCGGUGCCUCAGGGCUGCCCCAGGAUCGGCGUGGGGGACGCGGCAGCCAGUUUGUACCGUCCCAUAAAGAGCUCUCGGCUGCCUGGAGGAAAGGAAGACGCAGGCUGGUGUGAGCCCAGCCUCUGCUUUACAAUCUCUUUCCUGCCACUAUAAAUAACCUCGGCGAGAGUCACUUCAAAGGGAAGGGCUGGCGGCGGAGAAGUGGCUUGGGGACCGAGCGGGACAGGGGCGUCCCACUGCCCGAUCCCACCCCGGCGCUUUGCAUAAAUAAAUAAAUCAUGCAGCAAGGGAGAGGUGGAGAGAGAGGGCGAGCAGAGGAGGUUACUUUGGGAAGCCGCGCAGCUCGCUCAUCCCAGCCCCGUAGUUCGGAGGGAGUGUGUCAUGUUACAGGGGAGCCGCGAUCAGCCAGAGCACAACGUCGCCGGAGCAGCUGAGAAUUACCUCUCUCUAAUGGGGACUUCCAUGUGCAAGCUCCUGGCCAGUCUGCGAAGGAACUGAAACUGACAGCUUAGAAAGAAUCAAAAACCUACCAGCGAACCAAAAGACUGAAAUACAGGAAGAAAACAAACAAACAAACAAAAAAACUUGAUCAGAUUAUUUUUUCCCCCCCUCGCACUCUUUGCAGCGGUUGGAUCCCUUUUUUCUGCACCCCUUUUAUGUGUGUGUGGUUUGUUUUUAUUUUUUAAAGACACCCUCCCCGUCCACUUUUGUCAUUAUUGCUGUCACUUGUGAUUUACUGGCACUGGGAUCCCCUUCGACGUUCUUUUUCUAUGCCUUCUGGAUUGUGCUUCUUGGAGUAGGAGUGAAGCUUUAUUUAUUCUAUUUAUUUAUUUAUUGUUUCUCAGGACAGGGAGGGAAUGUUGGAGGAGAAGAGCUGGAAAGGCGUCGACGAAGCAGCUUUUGACAGGGGGUGUGUGGCUCCCCCCAGGAGCGGCGAUGGGGAGAGAUGCUGCCGCCUCCCUCUCCUGCUGGGCUCGGGGCUGCCCGGCGUCUCCCUGCUCUCUCUGGUGCUGAGCCUCCUGCUGUACUUUCGGACCUCCGAUCUGCAGUCCCGGGUGUCCCACUUGGAAGCGGACAGACCCACACAGCUCCCUGCCUGGCUCUCAGCAGACCAAAUGGAGACAGCUAUUUUGGGAAGAGUUGACCAACUGCUUAAUGAGAAAUUAAAGUUCCACUUGCCGAGACAUCGAGAAGUUCGAGACACACACCAGCGAUGCAACUGCCCGGCAGGUCCGCCUGGGGACAAAGGUGCGAUGGGAAUCCCUGGGCGGCCGGGACUAAAAGGGCAAUCUGGAGAGAAGGGUGCUCCAGGAGAAGCUGGCAUGUCUAUUAUCGGGCCCCGCGGUCCACCCGGACAGCCUGGAACAAGAGGUUUUCCUGGAUUCCCAGGCCCUAUUGGCUUGGAUGGCAAACCGGGCCAUCCUGGACAGAAGGGAGAGAUGGGUGCUGCAGGUCCCAGGGGACAACCUGGACCCCCAGGACAAAAAGGAGAGAAGGGUCAGUGUGCAGAGUACCCGCACAGGCUGUUGCCUCUCCUCAAUUCAGUGCGCCUGGCUCCACCUCCGGUCAUAAAGAGACGCACUUUCCAGGGUGAACAAGGACAAGCGGGGAUCCAAGGUCCCCCAGGGCCCCCUGGUCCGCCAGGGCCCGCUGGACCAGCCGGACCCGAAGGAAUCCCAGGACGUCCUGGGCCAAUUGGACCCCCUGGCAGAGCAGGAGAACCUGGAAAACCUGGCAGAGAUGGAAAGGGCUUACCUGGGCCUCCUGGACCAAAGGGAGACGCUGGGAUUCAGGGAUACCCUGGCAGAAAGGGUGAGGUGGGUGAGUCAGGCCUGCCCGGUGCCCGCGGCCUCCCUGGAGCCUCAGGCCCCAAGGGUGAAAAAGGGGAUGCUGGCAUCAAGGGGGAGAGAGGCAUGCCAGGGCUGCCAGGAAGACAUGGCUCUAAGGGUGCUCCUGGGAUGGCCGCCGCAGGGAUGAAGGGCGAGCCUGGGACUCCAGGAGAAAAGGGAGAUUCUGGAGUCCCAGGGAGGAUGGGCCCCCCAGGUUUGCCAGGGAAGAGGGGGCAGCGGGGUGAGAAGGGACGAGCUGGUGACCCUGGGAUUCCUGGACUCCCUGGCCCAAAGGGAGAGAAAGGAAUUGCUGAGAAUGCUUUGGUGGGAGCUAAAGGAGAACCUGGCCCUCCAGGUCUGCCUGGACCCCCUGGACCAAAGGGAGAAGCUGGUGAUGUUGGUCAGCCUGGUGCUGCAGGAUCACAGGGAGAAAAGGGGGAACGUGGUUCACCGGGAGACCAGGGACCCAUGGGCCCAAGGGGCCCCAAAGGAGAGCCUGGGAAGGAUGAAAUGAUGGACUAUGAUGGGAACAUCAGCGAAGCUCUCCAGGAAAUACGAACUUUGGCCUUGAUGGGACCCCCAGGACGUCCAGGUGUGGCUGGACCUCCAGGGCCACCAGGACAGAAGGGUGAGAUUGGCUUGCCAGGUCCCCCAGGCCACGAUGGAGAAAAGGGACCACGUGGCAAGCCUGGAGAAAUGGGUCCCCCUGGCCCUCAUGGGCUGCCAGGAAAGGAUGGACCUCCUGGAAUAAAGGGAGAGCCAGGCAACAUCGGGGUCAGAGGAGAAAAGGGCGAUAAGGGAGAGCCAGGACAAGCAGGCUCACCGGGUCUAGAUGGCCCCACUGGAGAGAAAGGCGAACGAGGUGACCAGGGGAUACCAGGAGCAUCAGGAUUGCCAGGGCCCAUUGGACUUCCAGGACUGACAGGAGAGAAGGGUGAGCCUGGGGAGCGUGGAGACAAAGGAGAUCCAGGAGAAUCGAUAUCUGGGCCCCCUGGACCCCAAGGCCCUCCAGGACCUCCGGGUCUUCAGGGCAUUCCCGGACCCAAGGGGGAAGCAGGGAUUGAUGGAGUGAAAGGAGAGAAGGGUGCCCAGGGUGAAAAAGGAGACAGAGGGCCACUGGGAUUACCCGGUGCUUCAGGUUUAGACGGCAGGCCUGGACCACCGGGUAUUCCAGGACCAGUUGGGGUUUCGGGACCAGCAGGACCAAAAGGAGAAAGGGGCAGUAAAGGAGAUCCUGGAGUUGCAGGACCAAUGGGGCCAGCAGGGCUUCCUGGUUUACAAGGUCUACCUGGUGACAAGGGAGCCCGGGGUCUCCGAGGUUUUAAAGGCGAGAAGGGUGAGCCGGGGCUACCUGGGCUGGACGGCCUGGAUGCCCCAUGCCCAUUGGGGGAAGAUGGCCUUCCAGUUCAAGGCUGCUGGAAUAAGUGAUGAUUCUAACCCUGGACUGACCUGUGUGUGUUACUGUACAUAGAAUAUUUAUUUUUAUACGGUGUUCUUCUCUGAAAUGCCAAAAGUUAAGCAUUUUUACAAAUUAUCAAAAAGUGACAUAUUUUUUUUGUACAGAAAAUACUAGAUCUCCCUUUUUCCCCAUUUGUCAGUUCUCUAUAUGAUUCUGUGUCUGCAUUAUGCUUAUUUUGUCAUGGAGUACAGCUGUAAUAUUUACAUGGUAUUUGUGCACACAUGAUGAAUAUAGGAGCUUAAUAAAUUAUUGCAUUAAAAGUGCCCAAAGGAACUGCCCUGUAUAGAUUUAAAGGUCAUUUUCAUUUUUCAAGCUGGAUCAUUCAAGAAUAUUUCAAAAUAUUAUGUAUUUUUUAUUAAAGUGAAAUAUUAACACUUCUGUUGUGAUGAAUUAAAGUGUUGCUGAAAAACC